AUGUUCUCACGAACCGCCGCAGCACCCACGGACCAGCAGGUGGUGUCCCCGCCUUCAGACACGGUGCAAUCGCUGCGGUUCUCCCCUGUGCCUCACUCACAGUCGUCCAUCUGCCUCUUGGCCGGCUCAUGGGAUGCCACGGCACGGCUUUGGGAAGUGAACCACAUGGGUCAGUCCAACGCCCUGCUUCAGCAGACUGUGGAGGCCCCUGUCCUCGACGUCAACUACAAAGCGGAUGGCACCGCAGGCUUCAUUGCGUGCGCCGACAACACCGUCAAGAUGUGGGACUUUCAAUCGCAGCAAGUCACAACCGUCGGCAAGCACGAUGCACCUGUGAAGACGUGCAACUGGAUUGGACAUCUGGGAGUGCUGAUGACGGGCAGCUGGGACCGAACCAUCAAGUUCUGGGACACGCGCAGCCCACAGCCCAUGGCACAAUUUGCCCUCUCUGAGCGCGUGUACUCUGCGGAUGUGCGCGAGAACUACGGCGCCGUCGCAACAGCAGACAACAAAGUGCACGUGUUUGACCUGUCGCAGAACCCGCAGCAGAAGGGCGUGGUGGACACGACGCUCAAGAUGCAGACACGUUGCAUUCGCUGCUUCCCAAAGAAGGAUGGAUUUGCCGCUGGCUCGAUCGAGGGCCGCUGCGCCAUUGUGUACACAGAACCGCCGCGACAGGCAGAGACGUUCUCGUUCAAGUGCCACCGUGAGACGGGCAAGAUUUACACCGUCAACGCCAUCGCCUUUCAUCCACAGGGCCAUUCGAAAGCGCAGGGCGUCUCGAGCACGAUUAUGAUCCACACCAUCAACGCAGACAAGGACGUCCGGCCCCCACGCAAAUGA